AUGAAUGAUCUGAUCUUUGAAGCUUCGAAAUCUCCAACCAUAGCAACUCCACUUACACCAUUUACUUCCACGCCAAUAACAAGCGAUAAUAAAGCUGAAGAAGAAGAAGAUGAUGCGGAAGAAUAUACUGAAAUUAGGGCAGCAGAAGAUCAACUUAAAAGAUAUGAAGUUUAUAGAAGAUCUGCUUUAAGUCAACCUUGUUCUCAUAAUAUGGGAAUUGUUGUUGCAGGUUUUACCAAAGUAUUUGUUGGAGAAAUUGUCGAGAAAGCAUUAGAUGUAAAAAACGAAAAGGGUGAAGUUGGAGCAUUAACGCCAGUACACUUAAGAGAAGCAUUCAGAAGAUAUAAGAAUGACACUGGGUUUGAAAGUCAUCUUUACCAAAAAAGAUUAUUCAAUAAAUAA